AUGUCUGGUCUCACAAUAAUAUGUCCAAAUGCAAGAAGAGUUCAGGUUAAAACGACCCCAAUGAUGCUGAUUCGACAGGUUCUCGAAGACGCUUGUCUAAAAUCGGGAUUUGAAGUCGGAAAACAUCAAUUGCAAACUCAAAAUAAGAAACCAGUUGAUUUAUCGCUUCCAUUUCGAUUGAGUGGAAUUUCGAAUAAUGCAACACUUGAAAUGAUUGAAAAAGUUGGAAAUUCUUCUGGUAAUUCUGGAAUCGUUGAACUCGCUAUACAGGUUGGUUUUUUUUAUUUUUGAAAAUACAAACAUAAUUUUGGAAAAAAAAAUUUUAUUGAUUUUUUCUAAAAAAAAAUUCACUGUUUCAAAAUAGCCUUUAAUUUUUUAUUUUUCCGAAAUUAUUUGAUCGACAUUCGAUUGGGCUUUUAAAUUUUCAUGAGAUAAAAAAGCUGAACCAACAAUAAUAAUAAGGCGAUGUUGCAGAUGAGUUUCUCCUCCGAGGAGAAAUGAGGAGAAAUGGGGCGAAAUUCGAAAAAUACAUUGUUUCGCCUCCACGUGCAACACAUUUCUCCUCUUUCUCCUCAAUUAGCUCGGGGGAGAAACUAAUCUGCAUCAUCGCCUAAGAGUCAUCUGAUUUUUUCAUUAGAUUCCAUCGGGUGCUCGACAUCAGAAAAAAGUAAGAUCGAGUCAGACACUUUUUGAAGUUCUUCAAGAAUUCAGCACGGAAUUUGGAGAAAACUUGGCAGCUGAAAAUGAUAAUAAUGUUCCAUGCAUUGUUUAUAUGAACAAAAGAUAUUGUGGAAAACAUGAAUUGGUUUCGAAUUCAUUGGAGAGUUUGGGAGUUUCGAAUGGAAAAUGUUUAGUGAGGUAAGCUUAACUUAUUUUUUCUGAAAAAAAAGACAUUAAAAAAAAGGGAUUUUUAGAUACAGUAGAGCGGAACUAAGUGCUGAAGAAAUUAAACAAAUUCGCGAGAAACAUGAACAUGAAGAACAACAAAAACAAUUAGCUGCUAAUAAAUUUCAAAAAUUGAAAGCUGAAAAUGAAGAAAGAGCUAGAAUUGAGAAACAAAGACAAGAGGCAUUUGAGAAGGAAAAAGAGGAAAGAGAAAAACGGGAAAAUGAACAGAAACAAUCAUAUUUGCCAGUUGAAGAUAAUCGAAUGGAAAUUGAAGAAGUUCCUAGUGGAAAUAAUCGAGAUAUUCUCGGAGAAAUUCCACAACAAAGAGAUAAUGAUUGGAGUUUUGAUGGACAUGUUUUUGGACAAAGAAAUCAAACAAAUACAAUGAGAUUAGAAGAAUUGAAUCAAUUAUUGGAAAGAGUUAAUUCACAGAGUUCAAAUGAUGAUAGUCGAAUUGAUGCAAUGGUAAAUGCACUUGCUGAUGGUGGAAGAAUAUCUUUGAAUGAAAUGAGACAAAGAGCUGAAAUUCAAAAUAUUGAACAACAACAACCUGAAAUAUUUGCUGAACCUUGUGAUAGAAAACCAGUUUUAUUCAGAAAAAUUGCGCCAAAAACUGAUAAUGUUGAAGCAAUGGAGAUUUCUGAUGAAUUUUUUGAAGUUAAAGUGGAAGAUGUGAAAGCAAUGCAAAGAGAUUUGAGAAAAACUGUGUAAGAUUCACGAAAAUAUUUUUUUUCAAAAUAAUUUAAUUUUUUCAGAAAAGAACAAACACAAUCCGGAUUUAUGUCCAAAACUUUUCUCUCGAACAAGAAUCGAAGUUUAAAAUUAGCCGCUUAUAAACAUUGUGUUAUUCGAAUUCAAAUCGGCGAAGAUAUUCUUCAAUUAUGCUUCAAAAGUGCUGAGAAAAGUGAGUUGUUAUCAACAGGAAAUUUCGAAAAUAAAUAAUUUCAGGUAAAAAUCUGGAGACUUAUUUGAAAACAAUCAUUUUGAACAAACAAGUGAAUUUGAAAUUAUUCUUCACAAAUCAGAAAGUUGUUUUGGAUGAGAUGAAAAAUUUCGUAGAUCUUGAAAUCGCCCCAAAGGCUAAUUUGGUUGCUAGAUUGGGAAUUGAUAAUGUGUCAGCACAACAAUUGAUUUCGCAAGAAAUCUCUCGUGUUUCGUCAGAAGAAGCGGAUGAGAUUUCGAAAAUUUGGUUGAGUUCGAAUACACAAUUUGUACCAUUCAAUACAAUUGUUGAACAAGAAAGAAAUAAUAAAAGAGAAUCAACUACAAUCAGACCUGGAAGUUCGCCACCUGCAAAAGCUGCAUUGCCAAAAUGGAUGAACCAAGGAAGAAAAUAA